GGCGACCUCCCUCCCUUGCUCCUCAACCCAACCCAAUCCCGGUUCGAUUCAGUUCAGAGACGAAACCCCUCCUACAUCGCCGCUGCGGCCACACACUGCCAAUCCCCUCACUCCACCACGCCUUCUUCUUGUCCCGAUUCCCGGACGGGCGUCGACACGGCCAGCGUCAAGAUGUCCAUGAACCCCUUCUGUGAGAUUGUCGUGGACGAGGCGCUGCGGCUCUGCGAGGCCGGCGCCACCUCCAAGGUCGUCACGGCCACCGUCGGUCCCGCGCAGGCCGCCGACACGCUCUGCACCGCACUGACCAUGGGCGCCGACCACGCCGUCCACGUCCUCCAUGACCCCGACCCCGACCCCGCCCGCCCGCUCCUCCCGCUUGUCGUCGCCAAGAUCAUCCGCGCCCUCACGCUACAGGAGACCCCCGGCCUCCUCAUCCUCGGCAAGCAGGUUCUCAGAUCGGCCUCAAUUCAAGUGCUCCCUCUAGGUGAAGUGGCCCACCGCAGCGCCAAGGGAUUCGUCUCCGAGGACGAGUUCCUCUCCAUCCCGGAGUUCUCCACCAACCGCUCUCCCAGGUUGCUACGUAUGGUUGAUGGAUUGAACUUCAAGGAAUUUGUUUCUUUUCUCUCUACCUUCAGCGCAAGGGCCAGCCUUCAGCAAAAGAUUGAGUUGAGAUUUAAGGUGUAUGACAUUUAUGGCAAGGGGAAAGUAUCCUUCAAGGACCUGGUACAGAUUUUACGUGACCUAACAGGCUCAUCCAUGUCAGAGAAACAAAGAGAGGUCAGGCUCACGUUUCGUGGCUGAAAGGAAAACGAGCCUAUGCUUGCACCAACAUUAUUAGAAUGAGGAGCUCCAGGCCUAUUUUUUUGGAGUGUGAAGUCGUGAAGCCAAGUGUGAAGCAGUACUUAGCAAACAGUUUUUG